CUACAGUUCUGCUGUUAAGACCAAGAUACACGCAAGGUUUUCUCAGUCUUAAUUCUUUUCUUCUCUAAACAAAAUGAAAAAAGUCGUUACUUGGGUGACUUUGGCCUUGGGCUUGUUGCCAAUCUCUGUGGCAGCUCAAGGCCAAGUCAACGUUACCAUUCCCUCCGGCACCAUUAUGGGUAGUUCAGUUGAAGAUGUCGAGUUUUUCAAGGGCAUUCCUUUUGCUGAUCCGCCGAUUGGUGAAUUGCGGUUCAAGCCGCCGCAAAGUCUGUCAACUCACCUCGGAGAUUUUGACGCCACGAAGAAGGCCAAGCUGUGCUCCCAAGGACCCGUCAUCAGUGCCCCUUCGAAGCCUCAAGUGGUACCUUUUGCCCUAGAAGCCGAGAGGGAGUCGUUUGGUAACCCAGUGCCCCCGGAGAACGAAUCUGAGGAUUGCUUGACCGUCACUAUCCAUCGACCUGCCGGCACCGAAGCUGGGGAUAACCUGCCAGUGCUGUUCUACAUAUUCGGAGGAGGCUUCGUGAUUGGAGGCACAUCGGCGGCAAUCAAUGAUCCCACCGUGUUAGUUCAAACCGGCAUUGAUCUCGGAAAGCCCUUCAUCUUUGCAGCUGUAAACUACCGCGUUGGGGGCUGGGGCUUCAUGCCAGGCGCCGAAAUCUUGCGUGAUGGAAGCGCCAAUGCUGGCCUUCUCGACCAGCGCAAGGGCCUUGAAUGGGUAGCUGAUAAUAUUGCUGCUUUUGGUGGCGAUCCAUCCAAGGUCACUAUUUGGGGACAGUCCUCUGGCUCAAUCUCCGUCUUUGACCAGCUGGUUCUCUACGGCGGCGACAACACCUAUAACGGCAACCCUCUCUUCCGUGCCGCAAUCAUGAACUCGGGAUCCGUGACUCCUGUUGACCCUGUGGACUCGGACAAAGCCCAGGCGGUGUAUGAGCACGUUGUCAGGGUGGCCAACUGCGAAGGCGACGAUUCUUUGGGCUGUCUUAGGAGAUUGCCCAACGAGCGUUUCGCUGCGGCAGCUAAUGCGAUUCCUGGCCUGAUAUCGUACGAGUCCUUGGCUCUCUCAUAUCUCCCUAGGCCAGACGGCACGGUCUUGACUGCAAGCCCUCAUGUCCUGGCGCGAGAAGGCAAGUUCCCUGCGGUGCCGAUGAUCUUGGCUUCGCAGGAAGAUGAGGGAACGUUGUUUAGCUUCUUUCAGGGGAACAUGGGCUCCACAGACAUCAUCACCGACUACCUCAACAGUCUCUACUUCCCCAAUGCCGAUCGGAGUUUGGUCAAGUCGUUUGUUGAGACUUAUAGCGAACGACUUGAAGACGGAAGUCCGUAUCGCACAGGCACCUUCGAGGGCUUGCUUUCCUACCCAGGCAAAAAGAGAAUCGCCUCUAUCCUGGGCGACAUCGUCUUCACCCUAGUUCGCCGCUGGACGCUGGAGACCAUUGCCGAAGUCUCCCCCGAUACGGCCCUCUGGUCGUCGUUUGCUUCGUACAACUAUAUGCAACCUUGGGAUAUUCUUGGUCUUGGGACUAAACAUGGGUCAGAUACCGAUGUCUUUUUCGCUCGCAACAACACUUACUUUCCCUCGAUUACCGGCCGGACGUAUUACAUCAACUUUGUGUACAACGGGGAUCCCAAUGAUGGGCUUGAUGUGAAUGUCACUUGGCCGGGGUGGAAAGAAGAUCGGCAGCUUCUGUGGUAUAAUGCGACGGAGAAUGGGUAUUUGGCUGAUGAUUUCAGGAACGGCAGCUACAACUUUAUCAAGGAACAUAUCGAUUCACUCAUCUUCUAGAGCCUGUGUUCUAAAGAAUAUGGGAAAUACUACAUAUGGCCAGCACCCCAGCGGCUGCAUGAGGUUCGCGUGUCGGAACAGGAUAUGGAUGAAAGGCUGCUUUAUUUUACUGGCUUAAUUACAUGUACUCACCGCCUUUAAUGUAGCUUUGAAUUUGAGACACGGGAUGCUUGCAAGUAUUUCCCAUGAAUAUAACAUCGGGUGUGAAAUUACAUCUUGCUGGCAUA